GGACACCUUGAUAACCUGCGUCGUAUUACAUCCUCAGGCCUCAGCUUCGGCUCCGUUCGAUGUGAAAAGCAUUUUUUUAAUGUGAAAACAGACGUGGCCAUGAGUAACUUGUUCAGUUCGGGUGGCCUUGACGAUUUGCUCCAUUCUCGACUCGCUCAAGACAACCAGUCGCCCUUACGUCGCCUUUAUGCCCAGUCGCCGUCACUCGCUUUCUUCGUAGCUGCUUCAGCCUACAACCUAUUCCGUCACUCUUCAUUUCCAGAUAGACUUCUACCACCACCUACAGAUAGCAACAAAGUGCGCGUCGUCUGCGUUUCAGACACUCACAACCAUCUGCUACCCUACUCCUCCAUUCCUGACGGGGACAUUUUCAUCCAUGCUGGCGAUCUCACCAACUCUGGCUCUGUAGAUCAACUCCGGCUCACUCUUGAUUGGAUCCGUGGCCUUCCUCAUGCGCACAAAGUGCUCAUUGCAGGGAAUCACGACACUGCAUUGGCAGACAAGGCGCAACGUGAACAACUGAAUUUCGCAGGGUUAAUCUAUUUACAAGACGAGGCGGUCGAACUCGUUAUCAGAGGUCGAACGCUGCGUGUAUUCGGCAGUCCAUGGACGCCGCAGUAUGGCAAUUUUGCGUUCCAAUACCCCCGAGGGGACGCCGCAACGGAGAAAUGGACCUGCAUUCCGAUGGGUGUAGACGUUCUGGUCACACAUGGUCCGCCGAAGAGCCACGUUGACAAUAAUGGGCUUGGGUGCGCGGCGUUGCUUGAUGCGUUGUGGAAAACGCAGCCGUCGGCGGUGGUGUGUGGUCACAUCCACAGUGGUCGGGGUUUGGAGACACUCAAGUGGGACGAGGGACAGAGGCUUUGGGAAAGCAUCGUCAAAGCGAGGAAAGCUGGGUGGUUUGAUGCUAUCGCCCUUGUUUGCAAGUUGGGCUGGGCGUGGAUACGAGGAAUGAAACAUCGGGCCAGGGAAACAACAAUUCUGAAUUGUGCUAUCACCGGGGGAAUGAGGGAUCAGUUAGUGAGAAACGCAGUAGCAUUGGAUAUCUGA